CUGUAGUCGUCCGUCCAGGGCAGAGCCAGCCAGUCACCGUGCAUGUCGUGGAAGUAUUCAACCAUGUCGUCGGUGGACUUGUCUGACGACACAAAGACCACUUCGAACUGCGCAGGGGGUUCGCCCUCCUCAACCAGCUCCGUGUAGAAGUCGCACAACACCGGUGUGAAGUCGCGGCACGGAGGGCACCAUCCUGCUGAGAAGUAGAUGCCCACCACCUUGUUUCUCAGCGCUUCCUCAGGAUCCACGAAGUUACCGUCUUUGUUGAGUAGAAUGCGGCCGGCGAACACUUCCACCAUGGCUUCGCUUUCACAUUCCCCUCUUUCGCUUUUCUUUUAAGUACUUUUAAACGUGGCUCUUUGAGGAAGAAGGAGUUUCGCCGUCAUGUUUAUCUCCUUAUCCAGCUAAACCUCCCUUAAUCGCCCUUGGACCAAUGGGAGCUUAGUGAUGCGCGGACGUCACCGCAGCCACAUGUUUUUUAAUAUAUUUUUUAGCAUGGCCUAGAUUUCUUAAGAAGGAGGCGUAACUAACCGACGGCCAUCUUGCAACAGAAGACUACUUCGAUUUACUCCAUUGAAACUCGCAGAAUUCCUGACUGAUUUACAAUGAGUUUGUUUGAAGAAGACUCACCGAAAGCAGGUUGACAAUUUAUUCGUCGACAACGGUCAAAAAACAAGUGUUUUUGAAGGCUAGGAUGGAGUGGGCCGGGCCGAAGGUGUGGCUUGGUGUUGUUUCGGGAUCAUCCCUCUGUGGCCGGUUUUGGGCGGUUCAGGUUCGUGCGUGGAUGGGAUGUGGUUGCCACAGCGACCGACGCUGGUCUUGACGUCCCAAGCGCCCGCUAUCAGCUUGUUAUCCGGGCUGGGCGAGAGCUACAGAGCGCCCAGCUCUUUGUCCUUGGAGUGGUCGGGAGAACUGAUUGCAAGAGUUGGCCAAUGGACUGUAGCAGCACUUGGAAAGGGCCAAGUCAUCCCUCACUUCCUUCCUUCCUUCCUUCCUUCCUUAGCCGUCAUUUGCAUCCCGUUUGAGAAGUCUGGUGCCGUGAAGGAACAUUGACGGGAAAUUUUCAGCAGAAGCGUCUCUCUCUCCUGAAGAAUUUCAACAAAAUGACCUCCAAUUCUAGUUUAUCCAGUAUGCGACGGCUGGUGGAGCAGCUGAAGCUUGAGGCCAGUGUAGAAAGGAUCAAGGUGUCGGAGGCGGCUGCUGAGCUGCAGCAGUUCUGUCUACAGAAUGCAGGCAGGGACGCUUUACUGGUGGGCGUCCCCACAGGAAGUAAUCCCUUCCGAGAGCCACGAUCCUGCACGGUUGUGUGACAUCCGCCCGCGGGAGGGGAACGUCAUGCAUUGUUUUGUACCUGUACUGUUUUUAAAAGAAAUUAAAUUAUGUUGAAAACAUGUCAAUAUUUACUGAGUAAAGUGCUGUCUAAAUCUUUCCCUUUGCAUCAUUUUUUGUAAGGAUUGGAGAGUGUUCUCCAAGUGGAUUAUUUGCUGUUGCUCGGCUGAAUUUAUGGGAUUCAAUUGUAACUGUGUUGUAGGCUUAUCAUUAUGAAAGUAAUAAAGCCAGAAUUUCCAUACAUACAGUACAUAUAUGCAUGCUUUUGACUUCACUGACUAUCUAAUCUGGAGCCCUUUGAAGUCUACCCAUGAAAGAGUAAAUAAUCCAAAUAACAGCUAAAUAACUGCCCAUAUGCCUGGCACAAAUGUGACAUUCUUUAAAUAACAAUGAAACAAAUUUUCUCCAAAUCUAACACAAUUAAAAGAUCUUUCCUUGGGUUCUUUUCUUGAUGCUGAGCUGUUUUAACGGAGCUCUUUCCGAAACUGCUCCAAGUGACAAAUUUGGCAUUUGCUACUCAAAUAAAAAACGUUUACCUCCAAGAUGUUUUGUUUUUUGAAUGAAGUACAGUAUUUGCUUUGCUACUUGGCAGAAU